CACCAUUGUCUCUUUCUCCCUGAGAAAUUCGUUCUUUAUUUCGAAAGAUCGGAAAAUUGGAGCCGUUGAGUGCUUUUUAGGGUUUCUUAGCAAUUGGAAGAUAUGUUUUUAUUUACUGGAGGCGUUGGAGAAAAAAUAGGGGGAAAUGCGAUGGAAUUUUUAUUAUGCAUGGGAGGGAGCUGCGGGGAGGAGAACAUUGUGAACAGAGUUGGUUCCGCCAGCUCAUGCAGGCCACUAUAACGAGGACUAUAGCCGUGGGUGAUUCCUCUCUUACUCUUCUGAUACUCUGGAUUCUUUUUGCAAGUUAUGUCCUUUGUGGGGGUUUUCAGGUUUCUUGAAUUCUCCCUUGUAAUAUUUCUUCCCCAGUCCGAAAAAAAUGGGUUUCUCUCUCACAUAUUUUCCUUCCUUUUACACAGUUCCCUUUUUGCCUGUAGCUACUGAAUGCUACUUGGUGUAUUUAAGUUUCACUUCAUGGGUUUUAUUUAAGUGUUUUCUGAAUCUGGGUAAGCAAAACUGGAUUCUUCUGGGUUGUUGUUGUUGUUAUAUUGGACAAAUUAAAUUUAGUAUUUCCUUGCUAUUUAUUGGGAGAACAACUUCAGAAGCUCUCUCUGCCAUUGCUUUUGGAGGGAAUGUACAAGAAUGGGAAACUCAUCUGUUAAACCUGUCUCAAUUAGCCAACAUCUUUUUCCAUUAACCCCUGCGCUUCUUGUGAAGAUGAUGCUCUAUGGAUGGUAGCAAAAGUAAUAUUGGUGAUUCUGCUUUUUUCAAACUGCCAACUGAUUCUCCCCCAUUCAUUAGAAUAAUUCAUCGGUUGACAUCAAGAAGUGAUAAUAUCUUGAAGUUGGGUGUCAAUUGGCUUUAUCGACUAGCUGAAUUAAAUCUUGGCAAAGGAAUACCACUUGAAGCUACCCUUAACAAAUUAUUUACUCUUUUCGUAGUGAUGAGAUUGCUGCUGAAUCUUUACUCAAUCUGUGUGAAGUUGCCGUCCUUCCUAAAGUCGUUGAAUAUCCAACUAGGAUAUCUUCAUUUGAUUGCUGUCGGGUUUAUGACAUCAACAACGAGUGUUUAUGGUGGCUAAGAGAUCAAGAUUAAAUUAGUGUUAGUUACAUUUGCUUUUAAAUGCUUUUAUCUUGCUUGAGCUUGUAAGCAGAAGACAUGCAAUGAGAUCUGGGAAAAAGGAGCAACAAUCAUUAGAUUGACUGUUGCAUAAGAUUUGACUUGAGAUGCAAGAAUCGUUGCAGCCCGUUGGCCGUUCUCCAAAACCAAACAAUAUCUCAAUGUCGGCAUCACUUUUGAAGCAUGGUUCAGAUAAUAUUCAAAGUAAUGUGACAUCGAUUUCUUCUCAAGUUAAGGGAAAGAGAAGGGAGAGGGGAGAUCAAAGUUCUGCCCCGGUUAUGCAAGAACACUCUUUAAAAAUAGAUGAUAGUGAUUCUGGUAUGUGCGAAACAAGAAGUUCAUUAAAGUACGAAAUUUCAAAAAUAACGGAGAGAGGGGGGCUUGUAGAUUUUGAGGGAGUUGAUAAACUCAUUCAACUUAUGCAACCAGAUAGGCUGAGGAAAAUGGAUUUGAUAAGUCGCUCCAUGUUUGCUGGCGUGGUAGCUGUGACAGAUAGGUUUGACUGUCUUAACCGAUUUGUGCGGCUAAGAGGCUUACCUGUAUUGGAUGAGUGGCUUCAAGAUGUUCAUAGGGGGAGAGUUGGAGAUGGUAAUCAGAAGGAUGAUGGUAAAUAUGUGGAGGAAUUCCUUCUGGUUUUGCUUCAUGCACUUGAUAAGCUUCCUGUGAAUCUUCAAGCACUGCAAAUGUGCAACAUUGGAAAAUCUGUUAACCAUUUGCGCUCACAUAAAAAUAUAGACAUUCAAAAAAAAGCACGGAGUUUAGUUGACACUUGGAAGAAACGUGUUGAGGCUGAAAUGAAUAUGAUUGAUUCCAAGUCUGGGUCUGCCCAAGCUAUUGUAUGGCCUUCUAAAUCUCGCCUUACCGAGGCUCCACAUAGUGCGAACAAAACUUCAGGUGGGUCAAAUGAUGUCACUCUAAAGACCUCAGUUGCCAUACUUUCUGCAUCUAAAGCCGUUUCAUUAAAGCAUUCACAAAGGGAACCUAUUAUGAAAUCUGCAUCUCCAAGACCACUAAGCUCUUCGUCAUCUCCUGUACCAGGGAAAGAUAGUCAGACCAGAGUUUCAAUUUCUGGCACGCCUGAUUUUUCUCUAGUUAAGGAGGAUACGAAUAGUGGUCCUAAUCAGUUUAAUAAACAUGGUCAAUUUCUCUCAGGAAAAGAGGAUGCAAGGAAUUAUAUUGCGGCAUCAAUAAGUAAUGCUAAGAUCUCAGAUAGCAGCACUCACCACCAGAAGGGAAUUACUGGCAUCUCAGGGACAUCUGUAUCUGAAUCUGCUGGCCAGAAAGAAAUUUCUAUGGGUAGAGGAUCUUCACUUCAAAAGGAUUAUGUCACUGAAAAGUUUUCUCAGUCUGCAGUGUUGGGUGAAAGAGCAGUCGAUGUGCCAGUUGCAGAGGUAAGUAGUGACAGGUUGGGUGUUAAGAGGCUAACUAGGGGUUGCAGUCCUACAAACACGGUGAGUAUAGGAUCUUAUGAGGACCCUAGCAUUAUGAACAGCCAAGCUUCUGCCCCUCUUAUUUCAGAGAAAUAUGAUCAAUAUGCAAAGGGACAGAAUGAUGCAUAUGAACUUAAUGCUGCUUCUGAUGUGAAUGAGGAAUCCUGGCAUAGUAACGAUUUGAAAGAUAUAUUGACUGGAUCUGAUGAGGGUGAAGAGUCACCCGCUGUGCUCCCAGAUGAAGGAGACAGUAAAAUGGCCGAUGAUGGGAAAACAAUGGAAGUCUUAAAGGUUGCUUCUUCAUCAUCUGAAACUUGUUUGAAGGCUGGCAAACUACAUGAAGUUUCUUUCAGCUCCAUGAAUGCUUUGGUUGAAAGUUGCGCAAAGCAUUCUGAAGCAAAUGCAUCAAUAUUAAUAGGUGAUGUUGUUGGCAUGAAUCUUCUUGCGAGCGUGGCUACUGAAGAAAUGUCUAAAACUGACAGGCAUUCCCCCUCUCUUAUGAACUCUUCUGUUCCCAACAAAACAUGCACGUCUGAUGAUUCCAGAUGUAAAUCACCACACUUUGAAAACAUUAGGAGUGCAUGCAUUCAGAGAAAAGACAAUCUUGAUGACAUUAAUGAGGAGGUUGUUGAUGUUGGUAGUUCAUGGUCAGUGGAAAAUUUUCAUGCAAUUAAAAGUGUUGUUUCUGAGGCAUCUGCAGAUAUAAAAUCUGGUACGUCUCCUGAAGCUAAUGCAACUAGAGAUGAGCAUGUUGGUUCUUUGUGGAAUGAUUCAAAAGUAGCUGGGAAGACAAAUAUUGAUGGACAUAAAAAACUUCGGGAAAGAAAGGCAAUUUGUAGUGGUGGCUUACUAAUGAACAAUAAUCAUUCUGCUAAUCUGCAUGAUAAUGAGACAUCGAUGUUGGAUGGAAAUCUUUGUAAGGCAUUCUCAUCCGCUGAUGGAAAGAUAUUGGGUCGAGCAUUGUCUUCAGAUUUUUCUCUUGAUGGUGACAGGAAAAAAAUGGUUACUACUGGUGUGGAGCCAAAUCCAUGUGUAGCAGCUUCGAGUUGUGAUGUGAGGGAAAAACUUGAAAUGGAAGUUCUACCUCCUUCCUUUAAUAGAGAGCUGAUUGCUGAUAAAGUUUUGCGGGGUGAAGAUACACAGAAUGUUGUUAAUCAGUUUGAAAGGCAAGUAUCUGAUACAGGUGAUGUUACUAUAGUUCCAAAUGUUAAAGCUUACGUUAAUACUUACUCCACUUUAUGUACUAAUAAGGGUUGUGAGGAGGUCAAUGUUGAAGUCCGUGACAUUUUGUUGCACAAUUGUGGUGGAUCAUUAUCUGAAAAGGAGAUAAGUGGAAUUUCUGGACUGGAACUGGAGAAGCACGUGGAUCGAAAUGAAACCAAAUUCUGUUGUAUUUUGCCUGACAAAACAAGUGAUCCUGUAUCCACCACCACUGUGCAGAAUUGCGGUGUUGCUUCUUUGUCACCAGAAUCUUCUAAAAUGAAAUUUGAUUUAAAUGAAGGUUUUGUUACAGAUGAUGGGAAAUAUAGUGAGGUGGCCACCGCGAUAGCUCACGGGUGUUCAUCCGUUCCACUGCCUUCUCCAGUUACUUCCCUGCGCACUAGUGUUCCUGCCUCCAUAACUGUUGCUUCUGCUGCCAAAGGUCCUUUUGUUCCACCAGAGGAGUUAUUGAGAUUCAAAGGGGUAGUUGGAUGGAAAGGCUCUGCUGCCACAAGUGCAUUUCGUCCUGCUGAACCCCGGAAAGUGUUCUUUAUGCCUUUGAGCUCUGUAGUUGUCUCUCAAUCUGAAGCUUCCAGUUGUAAGCAUGCCCGUCCGCUUUUCAAUUUUGAUUUGAAUGUACCAGAUGAAAGAGUCAUUGAGGAGAUUCGAGAUUCUUCUGCUGCUGUUAUAGGUUCCAACCAAUAUGACCUCAGAAAUGAGGCCUCAGAUUCUCCAUCUGUUCGUAGCUCUGCAGGACUUGAUCUUGAUUUGAAUAAGGUGGAUGAAUCAAAUGAUGUGGGGCAGUGUUCAGUAAGCAGUGUUCAUGGGUUUGAUAGACAAGCUGCACACAGUAAGCCACCAGAAUGUGGAGCUUCCAGGAGCGAGCUUAAGAGGGACUUUGAUUUGAACAAUGGGCCCGUUACAGAUGAUGUCAUUGUGGAACAUUCUUUAUUCUUGCAGAACAUUCGAGGAAGCGUCAAUUUUCAACAAGCGUCUUCUAGGCUCAGAAUGAACAAUCAAGAAAUAGGGAGGUUUUCUUCUUGGGUUCCUGAAGGGAGUCCUUAUUCGCAGAUUACAUCACUUAUGCCUGACCGCGGAGAGCUAUCAUUCCCGAUCCUUUCACCUGGUGCACAUCGUAUCCUAGAUCAUGCUCCUGUUGGUACUCCUUUUGCUCCUGGUGUUUAUCGCGGCACAGUCUUGCCAUCUUCUCCUGCAGUCCAUUUCCAGUCUGCUUCUUUUCCUUGUUCUGUGUUUCCAUAUGGCACUACGAUUCCUUUACAACCAGGCUCUUACUCUCUUGGGCCUAGUUCAUGUAUUGAAUCCACGUCUGCUGGAAGGCCUUAUGCACCACUUGUAGAUUCACAUUCGUUUGGGUGUGCUAGUACUGUUCCUCCACAAUUUCUCAGGCCUUAUAUUGUUGGCCUUCCAGAUAGUAUUAAUAAUGGGAGUACAGUAAACGACAGGAAAUGGUCCAUGCAGGGCUUGGAUCUUAAUGCAGGGCCUAGAGCUGUGGACAUUGAAGAGCAAGUAGAAUCAAUCCCAUACAGGCAACUUUCAAUUGUUGGCUCACAAGCACUUUCCGAGGAAAAUUCAAGGUUAUACCCAAUUCCGGGAGGUUUUCUAAAGAGGAAGGAGCCAGAAGGAGGGUUGGAUAAGGAUCCCUUCGGGUAUAAGCCAUGGCAUUAGAAUGCACAAAGGCUGCUAUAUUGCUGAUACUGGACUUUGGUUGAACGUCAGCUAGCUCCUGAAAGCUGUAUCCUGCAGUUUUUGUCCGAUGGUGGGUGGGAAGCUGGCACAUUUUUUUGCGAUUCCCACCUGCUUUGUGCCGACUGUGGAGUUAAAUUAUGAUUUUCAACCACUUCGGUUUCGGGCGGGUGCAGAUCGGUUUCCUUUCUGUAUAUAUUUAACUGUCCGGAAGCUUGGAAUCUUUGAUGCCCCCCGUGACGAGGUAAUGGACUACUAUCACAAUUCACAGCACCAAUAUUUUGACUGUCAAAAUGGAAAGGAAUUCUGUUUCAGUUGAAGUCAAGUGGAAGCUGUUGUAUCAUUGUAUGUACACUUUGGUAAGUCUGUCUUCAGUUGAUUAUUGGCUUUUAUUGUGUUUUUUUUGCCGCCCUCUGCAUGUAUGUCUGUAUGUGUAUUGGGGGGGGUAGGAGAGAGCACAGUUUUGUUUCAAGUCUUUUGUCUGGCAUGUUUAGUUUGGUUUUGUUGCAGUUGUAGCUUAAACCUCCUCGAACUCUGGCGGCAUUCCUGGCGAAGAUAAAAAUUCGUCAGACUAUUCAUUAUCAUCAUCAUCGCCAUGUAUAAAUUUCUGCACUGUGCUAAAGAUGUAGUCUCUUAGCUCUAGUUUGCCACUCGUAUAUGAGGAUUUUUUUAAUAAUCUUCAUGUUUUCAU